AUGGUUCGUUACGCUGCCACCCCAUCCAACCCAGCUAAAUCAGCAUCUGCUCGUGGAUCUUAUUUGAGAGUUUCAUUCAAGAACACCAGAGAAACUGCACAAGCCAUCAACGGUUGGAAAUUGACCAGAGCUCAACAAUACUUGGACCAAGUCUUGGACCACCAAAGAGCUAUUCCAUUCAGAAGAUUCAACCACUCUAUUGGUAGAACUGGUCAAGGUAAGGAAUUUGGUGUUACUAAAGCUAGAUGGCCAGCCAAAUCCGUUAACUUCAUCAAGGACUUGUUGAGAAACGCUCAAGCCAACGCUGAAGCUAAGGGAUUAGACACUGAAAAAUUGACCAUCUCUCACAUUCAAGUCAACCAAGCUCCAAAACAAAGAAGAAGAACAUACAGAGCACACGGUAGAAUAAACGCUUAUCAAUCUAGUCCUUCCCACAUUGAAUUGACCUUGACUGAAGAAGAUGAAGUUGUUGAAAAAGCCACCGAUAAGAAGGUUGUCAGAUUAAAUGCCAGACAAAGAGGAAGAUUGGCUUCUCAAAGAAGAUUGACUGCUUCAGCUUAA